AUGUCGUCCGCCGAUAUAGCCGUCGAAGAACUGCCCGAAAUCAUAGCCAUUGGCAUUUCCUUCGGCAAUUCUUACAGCUCCAUCGCGUAUACCUCAGGUGAGGGUAAAGCUGAAGUCAUAGCAAAUGAGGAAGGAGACCGGAACAUUCCCUCUGUAUUAUCGUACACGGAGGGGGAGGAAUACCACGGCACCCAAGCAAAGAAUCAACUUGUUCGCAACAGCAAAAACACGGUCGCUUACUUCAGAGAUUACCUCGGACGAGACUUUUCAGACAUAGAUCCCACCGCAUGUCAUGCUUCUGCCCGGCCUCAGAAGCAGGAUUCCGCUGUCGCAUUUUCCAUUCGAGAUACCCAAUCUGAAGACACCAGUACUGUCGCUGUAUCCGAAAUAACAACUCGUCAUAUCCGAAGACUCGCUUCAUCUGCCUCUGACUUCUUGGGGAAGAAGGUCGAUGCGGCUGUAAUCGCCAUACCUACCGAUUGGAAGGACAAUCAAAAAGAGGCCUUGACGAAGGCAUCGCAAGAUGCAGGGUUGAAGGUUUUACAGAUAAUACAAGAGCCUACAGCUGCGGUGCUGGCUUACGAUGCCAGAUCAGAGGCGGAGAUUAAAGAUAGGAAUAUUGUUGUUGCAGAUUUCGGAGGCACAAGAUCCGACAUUGCUGUCAUUGCUUCUAGAGGAGGAAUUUACAGUAUAUUAGCGACGAGACAUGACUAUGAGACAGCCGGUGCUCAGCUUGACCAAGUUCUGAUUGACCACUUUGCAAAGGAGUUUAUAAAAAAGAACAAGACGGACCCACGAGAAAACGACCGAAGUUUGGCAAAAUUGAAGCUAGAAGCUGAGGCAGUCAAGAAGGCGCUUAGUUUAAGUGGCAAUGCUACCUUGAGUAUCGAAAGUCUCGCCGAUGGUGUAGAUUAUACGUCCACCAUAAAUAGAACACGAUAUGAAUUAUUAGCGGGCAAGAUCUUUACAAGCCUAGGGAAUCUGAUCAAGGAUACUGUACGAGCUGCAGAGCUUGACGUGUUGGAUAUCGAUGAGAUCAUCUUAUCUGGUGGAACUUCUCACACUCCACGAAUAUCAACCCUCCUUCAAUCGAUAUUUUCGCAAGCUACAAGAAUAAUAUCGCCAUCAACACUCCCUACUGCCAUGGAUCCAUCCUCUCUCAACGCAAGAGGUGCCGCCAUUCAAGCUUCGCUGAUAGCCGAAUUUGACCCCGAAGACAUUGAGCAGUCGACUCACCCCGCACUGACGGUGACACCUCAUCUCCUCAAUGCCAUCGGCAUCAUGGCUGUCAGUGAAGAUCCCCAAAAGGGCGUUUUCACACAAUUAGUAGCAAAGGAUACCGCUGUACCUUGCCGGAGAGCCACCAUCAUCAAUGCACCGAAAGCCGGGGGUGACGUACUCAUCAAAAUCUGUGAAGCUGUACGGGACAUCAAGAUUACGAAAACCGACUCAAAACCUAAAACGAACGGCAUAUCCAAGGCAGACAAAAGCGACGAGGAUGAUUCUGAUCUAGACAGUGACGAAGAAGAUGAGCCUGAAGAAGUAAGAGAGAAGAUUUGGAAAGUGGAGAGCACAUUGGCCGAAGCGUCGGUCAAGGAAGUAAAACCAAAAGGGAAAGUAGAAGUGACGGUGAACAUUUCUGCGGACAUGACGGUACAGGUUACAGCGAGAGAAGUAGGUGGGAAAGGCGGUGUCAGAGGUACGAUAGGGAAGUCGAAAGAGGCGGAAAAUGGCAGUGCGUGA